AUCAGAAUGCACGGAUCAGCUAAAGUCAAGCUGUCUAUCAAAUACAUCACUGACAACGACAACAACGGAGCCAAUGAGAAUAACAUGGUGCCUGAUAACGCUGUGCCAUUUUCCUGGGUGGUGAAGAGAUGGACACCCUGCUCCAAACCCUGUGGACGAGGCACUCAGAUGGCACGUUACGGCUGUCGUAAGACUGCAGAGAUGCAGAUGGUUCAUCGCAGGUUCUGUGAGAAGCUCAAGCUCAAGCAGCCGCCGCCAAUGUUCAUAGACUGUUACCUGAGAGAGUGUGCGCAGCCCAUAUGGGUGGUUGGAGAGUGGGGUGAAUGCAGUAAAUCGUGUGGUAAAACGGGCACUCAGACUCGCUCUGUGCGCUGCGUUCAGCCUCUGGGAGAUGAUAAAGUCAAGUCCAUCCGCAGCCGAUACUGCAGCGACGAGCGUCCAGAGUCCCGCAGAGACUGCAACCGCAACCUGUGUCCUGCAGAGUGGAAGCUUGGGCCAUGGUCACAGUGCUCUGUGUCGUGUGGGAACGGGACGCAGGAGAGACAGGUUUUCUGUCACACUCGUGAUAACAAUAUUGGACUCUGUCUGGACUCCAAACCCAAUGCUUUAAGAGCCUGCAGAAUGGAUCCCUGCUCAAGGAGCAACCCUGGCUUCAACAGGCAUGGCAACUUUCUGAUCCAGUGGUUGUCGCGCCAUGACCCUAAAUACCCGGUGCAGAGGAUGUCAAAGCUGCGCUGUCACGGUGAUCGCUCUGCAUUCUGCCGCAUGGAGAUUUUACAGCAGUACUGCUCUCUGCCCAGCUUCCAGCGCAUGUGCUGCAAGUCCUGCAAACUUGCCAAUUCCACAAACCCAACAACAACAACAAGCAAACCACCAUCCAAAUCCAAAACAACCACCAAAGUGCGAACCACAACCACAGCACAAACCACCUUGUCAACAAGCACACCUCAGUUACACACAACAUCAGACGCAACAACAGCACCCAUUUACCAAAACACAACAACUCCGUGGUAUAAGCACACAAUGGACACAUCCACAGAAGAUGAUGAACAUACAGCUAGGACUUAUACAAGUGCUUCAGAUGCUCAUGAAUACACAACAGCACCCAUUUACCAAAAUACCACAACUCCAUAUAACCACACAACGGAAACAUCAACAGAAGAUGAACAUGCAUCUAGUGUGGGCACACCUCGCAUAUAUAAAAGUACAUCAGAUACUCAGGAAUACACCAUAGCACACAUUUACCAAAACACUACAUCUCCGUAUUAUAACCACUCAACGGAAACAUCCACAGAAGAUGACGAACAUACAUCUAAGACAUAUACAAGUACUUCAGAUACUCCUGAAUACACAACAGCACCCAUUUUCCAAUACACAUCUCCUAUCUAUGACCACAUAAUGGAAACAUCCACUGAAGAAAACGGUCAGAUUUCAGUGAGCACACCUUGGGUUUACUCAACAUCUGAAACUCUGGAAUACUCAACAUCGUCUGUUAGUCAAUAUACAACAACCCCUGCGCAUAAUCAUGCUACUGUAGAUCCUGAGUUUACUUUUGGUACAGACUCUGGGAUGUCAUCUACAUCUGGAAAUGAAAGGGAAACAAGCACCGAAUUAUCAGUCAGCUUUGCAACCCCAUUGAUUUCCACUAAUAAUGCACUCGUUCCAAGUAACACCGAUUUCAGAGAGUUUGACGAAGAGAGCAGCGACACACCAAAUGUGGAUAAUGAUACGCGAUCACUGACAACGGCAGAGUAUGAUAGUGAUUUAACAACCUCUGGUGAUGUGGAGGUCAGCAGCAUUGCAUUGACAACUUCUACAACAUCAGAAUCUACAACUUCCAGUACUGUGCAGACCAACACAACAGCAUCCAGAAGUGUAGAUAAAGCUGCGGAGACCACCGAGAGCAAUGCUAUUGAUAUACCGUAUCACAUAAUCCCACCGGACAGCAGGUUUCCUCCGAAUAACAUCAUCCCGAGGAGAGGCCGUGUUUUUCUGCGGGAGAAAACGCGGAAUAAACGCAUCCAGGAGCUGCUUGAGGAGAAGAGAAACUUUCUGAGACGGAUGAAAAGAGCGCAGGGGAUUUGAACACAGUUUCUCUUAAAGAGAUUCAGCUGCUUUUUUUUUUUUUUGGGUCCAGACUUUAUCUUGGUGUUUGGGUCAAGAACUGGAAAAUGGGCAGAAUAUUUUGCAGGAUUUUUUCUCUCUUUUAAUGACGUGGAACGAAACCACUAGCAAAUGUUUGCACAAUUACUUUGAACAUCAAUAACAUCCCUUUAGCAGGUUUGAUCCAUAUUGAAAUCUGAUUCCUGGAAAUAUAUGC